UAAUAUUUUGUUUUUGCUAUCAACUCUGGUAAUAAGAAUAGUGAAAUUCCACUGGUACUGGUAUAACUGAUUUUUCUUUUUCAAUUUAAUUUAAUAAUGCAGUUAAUUUUUAUAAAAUACCUUCUAUAACCGUCCUACACCGAUUAACGUUAUAGAUAAAUGCGUCCAGCACCGACUGCGCGUGCACGUUGCGCGUGCCUGUGUUUCUCCGUUCAAAUAAAGCAGACAGCUGAUGACGCACUUUUGAAAGACUACAACGCACGCGCGUAAAAGCAAAGUAAAAAAAUUCGCUCUUGGGUCAAACUGAUAAAUCAUUUUCUUUCCCAUCGACGACAUGUCCUGCGUAAUUUUUAUUUUUGAAAGUAAAAAUUAUACUUAUAGUUUUAGGGUGGCUGAGAUCACAGACAGGUGAUUAUUUCGAACGAACGAACCAUCGAACGAACGAACCAUCGAACGAACGAACCAUCGAACGAACGAACCAUCGAACGAACCAUCGAACGAACGACCGAACUCUCUCUCUCUCUCUCUCUCCCUCUCUCACUCACACACACACACACACACACACACACACACCCACUCACUCACUCACUCACUCUCUCUCGGUGCAGGAAAAUGGCAGAGGCCAGUAUUUCAGUAGAUCAUUUUUCUGUGGAUCACUUCAGCUGUCCAGUGUGUCUUUAUCUCCUGAAUGAUCCAGUGACUACUUCCUGUGGUCACAGUUUCUGUAAGGUGUGUAUUAAUGCUCACUGGGAUCAGGAGGAUGUGAAGAGCGUCUACAGCUGUCCUCAGUGUAGAGAGACCUUCACUCCAAGGCCUGUUCUACGCAGGAACUACAUGCUGGCUGAAGUGGUGGAGAAACUGAAGAAGACUGAAAUCCAAGCUGCUUCUCCUGCUCACUUUUACGCUGGACCUGGAGAUGUGGAGUGUGAUUCCUGCACAGGGAGAAAACGCAAAGGCGUCAAGUCCUGUCUGGUUUGUCAGGCCUCCUAUUGUGAAGAACAUCUUAAACCUCACUAUCAGUCUCCUGCCUUUAAGAAGCACAAGUUAGUUGAAGCCUGUGCAGAGCUCCAAGAGAAGAUCUGCUCUGAACAUGACAAACCGAUGGAGAUCUACUGUCGUACUGACCAAAGCUUCAUCUGUUACUUGUGUAUGAGGGAAGAACACAAAGGUCAUGAUACAGUUUCAGCUAAAGCAGAAAGAACUAAAAAACAGUGUGACGACUCACCCAGCUUCACUGUCAAUAAACAUCUCUCAUAUGAUGGAGUGAGAAAAUCUCUCUCAGAUCUGAAAAAACGAGUGAAGCAAAUUUGUGAGGAGAAAUUCAGCAAAAUCAGAGCACAAGCUGCAGCAGUUCAGAUGAGUUUACCUUCAGAACCAAAGAGCAGAGAAGAUUUUCUGCAGUAUUUUUGUUAUCUGACUCUGGAUCCAAACACAGCACAUCAUCAACUCAUUCUGUCUGAGAAGAACAGAGUGGUGACAUGCAGUGAGACACAACAGCGAUACUCUGAUCAUCCAGAGAGAUUUGACUCCUUGCCUCAGGUGUUGUGUAAGGAGAGUGUGUGUGGACGCUGUUACUGGGAGGUGGAGAGGAGCGGUUAUGUGGACAUAUCAGUGUCAUAUAAAGAGAUCAGCAGGAAAGGACAGGAUAUUGAGUUUUUGUUUGGACACAACAGUCAGUCCUGGAGUCUGUGGUGUUCUUCUUCCCCUGUCUCUUUCUGGCACAACAACAUUAAGACUGAGCUCCAAUGUCCGUCAUCCUCCAGAAUAGGAGUGUAUGUGGAUCACAGUGCAGGAACUCUGUCCUUCUACAGCGUCUCUGACACCAUGAGGCUCCUCCACAGAGUCUAUACCACAUUCACUCAGCCUCUAUACGCUGGAGUCUUGAUGUGGCGUUAUAACUCAUCUGUGAGGUUUUGUGAUCCAAAAUAAAAUGUUAGUAAAAGUGUUUAUAAAAACUAGAAGUGAGGUGUGAGAUUUAAUUUGUGCCUGAGCUACACUGGACAUCAGGGGCGAUUCUAGGGUCAGAGCUUUAGGGGUGUUGAGCUCCUUUUUGGGGGUGCUGAAACUAAGGAUAUGAUCAAAAGGCACAAAGAGGCGUGCCAUUUUAAAUGUCUUCAUUAU